ACAUUGUUGGUAAACAAGAAAAUAAACAAACUUGGUUGAUGUUUCCUUUCAUCUCUCUGUCUAAUUUAGUGUCGCUCUUGGACACACGGCUGAGUUUUUUUAUCAACAUCAACAACAACAUUAUGAACGUACAUUUUUUGGCUGUAAUCUUGUAAAAUUUAAGGAUCAACAAUUAAAAAACAACAAAGAAAAUUAUAUUACUGUUAAAUAGUGAUACUCUAAGCAUAACAUUUAGUUGGUUACAUAUUUUGUUUUGUUGUGUUUACAAUUGUGUUUUCCUUGUCUGCCUCUUGUUUCUCGCUUUAUUCAACUGUUUUUUUAACAAAACAUAUAUUUAUACAUCUAAUUAUUCAAUUCUAUAUAAAUACAUAUAUUUAUUUAAUUGUAAUCAAAACGGAGACUUAUCAUUGGAGAUUACCAGUUGACAUCUCGAGAUGGAUACUCUUCGAGAACAAGUAAUGAUUAAUCAGUUUGUCUUGGUUGCAGGAUGUAGUCAUGAUCAAGCUAAACAAUUGCUCAAUAAUAAUAAUUGGCAAUUUCAACAAGCUUUAAGCGUCUUUUUUCAAGAAACGCCGAUUCCAGGAUUUCAUCAGAAUGGACGAUUUAACCCUCUCUCAACGCCAGCCAAUACACCAGCAACACCACCUAAUUUUCCGGAAACCUUGUUAGCCUUCUCUAAAUUAUCUACCUCUUCGGAAGUUGGUAAAAACAACAACAGUAUCAAUGUUAAUUCAAGCCUAAACAAUGACAAUAAUAUUACCGUCACCACUAACAACAAUAACAACAACAACAACAACCAUCAUCAAUAUCAUUCUCAUCAUCAUGGAAUUGCUAUUCCUCAACACCAAUACAGUCAUCAUCAUCUUCACCGCCAUGUUAAUCACACUAAUUCAUUUAAUACCAGCGAUUCAAUAGUACAACAUCAACCUCAACAUUUACCGUGGAUGGAGCUGGAAGAAAUUCAAACAAAGGAAUGAGUCUAAAACUCAAUAGUUAGCUUUCAAAAUCUGGUUUACCCAAACAACAGGCAUCUUCAACAUGAAGAUUUGAAAUUUAAAUUUAUAAAAGACUCAACAAGAUAACAUAAGAUAUAAGAAAAGAGAUCAAAAGACAUCUUGAAAAUAAAUCUUCUCCUCACUUUCUUUGUCCAGUCAACCGGAGGACAUUCUCAACCAUUUACUGUCAUCUUAUAUAUUGUUAUUUUUGCCUGAUUUGGUAGUAAACAAAGAAAAUAAAUCUUGGAAAAAAAGAGAUCAA